GCCUCCUGCCCUCCCCGGCUCUCCUUCCCGAGUCCGGCCCGGGGCUCCGCGGCGGGUAGGGACAGCGACGAAGGGGGAAGGACGGUGUUCCGUGCCGUGGAUGCGCCGCCCGGGGAAGACAGCAAGUUGUGUGUGCGCCCCGGCCCGGGGAGGGAAGGCGGCCGCCGCCCGCCAGCCAUGGACCAUCACCCUUACUGUGGAGGAUGGGAAGUUGAUGCCCAGGAAGACUGAAGAUCAAUUCAUUUAAUAGGCACUCUCCCAUCACAGAACUGUGGAUUACCCCCUGGGUCCCGGUGGUUUCACGCCUUCACUCACUCCUGCAGACCCUGAACAGUUCCUUUGGGUCCUCCUGGCCCUAUCUGGUGGAAGAUGGCAUCCAGUCUGACUUGUACCGGGGUCAUCUGGGCUCUGCUGUCAUUUUUUUGUGCUGCCACCUCCUGCGUGGGGUUCUUCAUGCCUUACUGGCUCUGGGGCUCACAGCUGGGCAAGCCUGUGUCCUUCGGUACUUUCCGGAGGUGCUCGUAUCCUGUGCAUGAUGAGAGUCGGCAGAUGAUGGUGAUGGUGGAGGAAUGUGGGCGCUAUGCCUCCUUCCAGGGCAUCCCCAGCGCGGAGUGGAGGAUCUGUACCAUUGUGACGGGCUUGGGCUGUGGCCUCCUCCUCCUGGUGGCGCUCACUGCCCUCAUGGGUUGCUGUGUGUCGGAGCUCAUCUCCCGGACAGUGGGAAGAGUGGCCGGAGGAAUUCAGUUUCUGGGGGGUCUGUUGAUCGGUGCUGGCUGUGCCCUCUACCCUCUGGGCUGGGACAGUGAAGAAGUCCGGCAGACUUGUGGCUACGUUUCUGGCCAGUUUGACCUGGGGAAGUGUGAGAUUGGCUGGGCCUACUACUGCACGGGAGCCGGUGCUGCGGCCGCCAUGCUGCUGUGCACGUGGUUGGCUUGCUUCUCAGGCAAGAAACAGAAACAGUACCCGUACUGAGACGGAGCCACCAAGAGCGGACAAAGGAGAAGACAAAGACGGGCCGAUGGGACUGGGAGGGACUGAAGCCCCCAGCUACUUCCAAAAAGGUGGAAAAGUGGUUCUAAACCAUACUGUGCUCAUGAAAUAAAACCCAGUGGAGUCAGAAACAUUAUACAAUGUGGAAGGGUUGUAUGAGAUCUGUGAAAGAAACGUAGGGCAUGGAAUGAUAGAGAAAAAUGGACCAAAGGCUAAAACUAUUGCAGGGUGUUGGAUGUUUCUGUUCCACGGAGUAUUGUUAACGUAGAACACAUACAUACACAAAACAAAUAUAUAUAUAUGCAAACAAGGGUUGUUUUUUCUUUUUUUUUGGAUGACGACUCAGAGAAUCAUAAGGGCUAGUAGAAACAGUAUUAUGUUGGGAAGCAGGGAAACCCACAGAUGUUCCCUGUAAGUCAUGGCACUUCUGAAAGCACACGAGCACAUGCAGACAUACGCAUCCACACACAUGCUCAUACACAAACACAGAAAUUGUCGCACAGACUGAGAGGUUUAACGGUGCAUCGCUCCUCUGUUUUCUUCUUAAUACACACUUAAAAUACAGUAUUAUCACUUUAUAAAGCAUACAUUAAACCUAAUAAAUGGGCCAAUAAGCCACUCUAUCAGUAUUUUGUAUAUCCUGCAUAAACUCUUUAUGCCCUCAACGUGUUUUCAGUGUUUAUGCAGACCAUUAGGAUUAAGCCUUUGUAUUUCAAUAUUAUUCAAAAAUAUGCAAUAUUUCUCUGAGUAGCUUCUGCUAUGAUAUUCUUAUGAAGUAAAGGGGCAACUUUCUGUCCAUUGUAGGAGAGAUUUCAAUGAAAGUUGAGAGUAACGAGAGACAUUUUUCCAGUCAUUAAAUCUUGUUUUCGUUUGUCCAUUAUUGUACUGUGCUGUACCACAUUUAUUCCAAUAUUCAUUUUGUAAAAAAAUUUAAAAAGUGCUAUUUUGUUUGUAUUUGAAAAGCUCUGUGAAUAAAUUCUCUUUGAUCAAUA